CGAGAUAUUGGCGCGAAAAUGACGUCAAAGCACUUCCGACACAAAAAUAUUCAGAAAAUUUGAGCAGUAUUUUCAACAAAUUACGUCUAUUGCGACAAUAAAUGAAGCGCUAUGAGUGGGGACAGUGGCAUCAACGAGGACAUGCUGAACCUCAUUCAGGAAAUCAACAAUGGGAACUUUAACAGCACAAUCUUUGAGAACCAACCUCUCGAAAAUGACUCCUUUAAUGUCCUCCCAGGGUUCACCAUCUCUGACGAUUUCGAUCUCGGGAUUGGAAUGGAUCCAAUUCACUCACAGUCUUUGGAAGAUAUGUUGAAACCUGGGCUACAUACUGUGGCCUCUGAUAUCGGCUCAGGGCUUCAUACUGUUGAUUUAAGUACUGUUGAUGAGCUGACGCCAUCUAGUUCAAGCCAGAGUUCAAAGUCACAAAUAGAAAAUAAUUUUUACAGCAGUACUAACAGUGGAAUAGAGGCCUCUGAUCUCGGGAGCUUAUUGGAACAGUUUGAAGAAGUGUCUAACUCUGCAAGUAGUACAGGCAGUGCAAUGACACCUAAGAAAGAUGGCACAAAUAUGAAAGAUGCUGGCAGUGUUUAUAUGUUCAAAAGCAUUGCAGCCCCCAAGUCACUGUUAUCUACCAUGAGCCUUCCAGCGAGCCCAGUAAGCACGCCACCAAGCACGCCUCCUCCUGAAAUCAUCAAUAAAAUCAAGGCAUCCAACAAACAGAAAUCUGCCAUCUUGAUACCAGCAGUAACAGCUUCGAAUAAAUCUGGCAAAGCUGCACUUAUGGAAUUACAUAAAUCUCAAUCUCAGCCAGAACUUAAACUAUCCAUACAAUCCAGUCACAAACCUAAAGUAAUGCAGUCAACCCCAAAAACUGAAGUUCCAUUAUCUAACCCAAAAACUGAAGUUCCAUUAUCGAAAUCCCUAGCUCCUCUGGGACUUGAAACGAAAAAAAAGAGUAUCAUGCUAGAAGUACUUACAUGGGAUAAGGAGAAAAAUCCAGCCCCAUUGAGUAACAGGGAUUUCCAAAAUAAGGACAAAAAAGAUAAAAUUAGCAUUAACUUAAUGUGCAAUGGCAAAGACAAGAAAAGCCUCACUAACAUUCUUGAACAGAAUGGCAAGUCACAAAAAUUGAAUCGUAAUUUAAGUAUAGAAAAGGAGACUAAAAAGCGAGCAAGCCCUAUUACCUUAGAGGAGUAUAAAGAAAGGAGAAGAGGACGGCUUGACGGCCGAGGAAGUGGGAGUUGCUCCCCUAUUACUACUGAAGUGAAACGCACAUCUAGUCCUAGUUUACCUAAUGUAGUUCUACCUGCCAUUCCAGAUCAAAUCCUCGUUGACCAUGGCUAUAGUACCAUACAGCCUAGUCCCAAGAUGAUAAAACAAGUAUCAGAAGAAGUUGAGGAAAAUAUCGAUAAUAAAGACGCACAACCAGAUGCUGCAAUAAUAAAACAGCUAUCAGAGCACAUAGGAGGAAUGAUAGAGGUCGCAUUUAACACAAAACCUGAAGCUUCUGAAUCGUUUGGCGCUCCUCCUGAUGGACAAUCUAGUACAGGCUCUGAUUCAUCAAGUAGGGAUGACACGUCAUCAGCUGUUGAUGAUCAACCUGAUGAUGAACAUAUGGAUAUCACAGAAGAGCUAGCAUCAUCUACACUAGUUAAACCAGAGCUUCAAGGAGAUGAACCUAUGAAUGUUAUGGAAGAGGAGCCAUCGGAAAAUCUGGAGGAAAAUAUUGUUGAAUUUGAAGUUCAUGAUAGUUCGGAACCUGAAACUGUAGAAAUUCAACAGUUAUCUGAAGAUGUGAGCAUAAUAGUUGAAACUGACACUGUUAAUGACACACAUGUUGAUGAAACACCACAAGUUGAUGUCUCCAGUGGUCAUGUAGAAAUAAAAACUGAAGAGAUUGAUCUUCAAACUGAUAUAGUUGAUAAUAGAAUUGACACAGAAACGGUGUCUGAUGAAACAACUAUUCCAGCCAAUGACGCUGUCAGUGAAGUUAAUGAUACUGUCAGAAAUAGUGAGUGCAAUGAACUUGAAAACAACAAUAAAACCACACUUGAAGAAACAAUGAACUCAGAAAAUAUUAGGUAUUCAAAGUUCAAAAAUGAAAAAAGUAGUUCCAGUAAGGAAUGUUUGAGAGGUAGAUCUCAUCGUGGCAGAGGCCAGAAGAGAGCUUAUAGGAAACGCGAUACAAGCCCAGGCAGUGACAAUGAUGUCUACUUUGAUAAAAUUCCCCAGUAUUUCACGGCACUAACAAAACCUGAAAAGCCACCUAAAAAGACUAGCGAUAUUAAGCUAACUAGUAUGUAUCAUGAUGACAUAGAUCGCGACAGAUCCCCUAUACGUGAAGACGAUACAUUUGAUAAAGUUCCUGGUUACUACAGUUGUUUCACCAAUAGUACAAAAUAUGAUAGCACUGGUCCAAUGACCAUUCAUGAUGUGAAUCGACAAGUCACAAGUGCAGUAUCAAGUCGCAGUAACUCUCCUCUAGUCAUAGACUCUCGUGCAGUAUCCCGGGCGAACAGUCGAGCUUCCUCAAGGUCAUCUUCAAGGUCAUCCAGUAGCAGUUCAGGGUCCUGCUCUUCUUGCUGUAGAGGCAGCUCAUAUAGUAGAUCAAGAUCAAGGUCACACAGCAGAAAGUCAAGGUCAUCUCGCAGAUAUCAUUCAAGGUCAAGGUCACGGGACAGGAACAGAAGGAGUAAAAGAAACAGAAGAUCAUAUCGGUCAAGAUCACGUUCGCACAUAUCAAGGUCACACAGAUCCAGAUCAAGGUCAUAUAGAUCUAGGUCACGUAGAUCUAGGUCACAUAGAUCUAGAUCAAGGUCAUAUAGAUCUAGGUCAAGAUCAUAUAGGUCUAGAUCAAGGUCAUAUUCACCAGGAAGGAGAUAUAAAUCAAAGAGAGAAAACAGAUACAAUAUACCAGACAGAUCUAGGAAUGGUAGGCCGCUUGAUGAACAAAGGGACAAACACUUAAAAAUAGAGGAGAGAAGAAUUGUUUAUGUGGGAAGGAUUGGUUCAAACUGUGUACCUAAAGAUCUCGAGAGAAGAUUCGAAAGAUUUGGUCCUAUUGACAAAGUGACUGUUCAUUUUAGAGAGAAUGGGGACAACUAUGGCUUUGUGACGUUCACUUAUUCUUGUGACGCCUAUGCCUGUGUAGAGAAAGGCAACGAUAUCCCUGGGGAGAGAAAGUAUGACUUGUGCUUUGGGGGUAGGCGUGAAUUCUGCAAGACUGACUACUUAGAUCUUGAUAGUAAAGCAGAAGAAGAGGAAUGGUACGGUCCACAGGAACCUAAACAAUCAGCAUCUCUAGACUUUGACGCACUAUUGAAACAAACAAUGUCAAAAUUGAAAAAGAAGAAAUCCUAGUGUAGCCUAGAGUCCUUGUGUAAGGAACCCCAGGAUUGCAGUGAAACCACAAGUGACCUGUAGCUCCAUAAACUGUGGUUCAUGUAUAGUAGAAACUGAGUGGCAGUCAAUUUACCCGUUGAUUGACUCAUAUCUGGACCUGAUUUGGGCCUCUAGUGUACUCAAGGAGAAUAAGGACAUGUUGACGAUGCAUCAAUAGCUUAAUAAGUUAAUGAAUGUAUAUUUUGAUUGGGCUAUUAUCACUCAUGAGUAGUCAAUGUCCUAUAACAUGGCUUAUCAAACUCCUAAAUCAGGUCACAUUACCAUAAAUCACCUAUACCCUGUAAAUGCAGUUGGCAAAAGCCAUCACUAAUGAAUAUAGCCUUGCACCACUGAAAGCAAUGAAUGUCACAAUGCAGGCCUGCAUCAAUGGAUACUAGAUUGCACCAAAAUCUCUGUGUUUUACAAAAUAAAUCAAUAAUCAUUAUUAAUUUAGAGAUAAUUACUCCUCUGCUACUGCAUCAAGUUGGCUUGUGUAUUGUGAGUUGACUCUGUGACUAUUGAAAAUGGAAGACAAGUGCGUCUGUUCUAUCCAAGAAGUGGUAACUUAUAGUUAAUAAAAUAUAUAGUCUAGUAUGGUAUGCUCGAUUAAUAAAUUAUUACAUGUGAUCGGGAUUUCUAUAAUCAGAUAAUUAUUUAUCACUGGGUGCUUGUUAAAUGACAUAUAAAUCUAUGACAUGAGACAUAUAAAAUUCCCAUGAACAUGUGGUACUGGGUAGUACUGUAUUCAGUUCAAAUUCCUUUGACGACUAAAUGUUUUUUACGUUUUUACAGUAUUCAGUAAUUAAAAUGUCUGUUUUUGUAUAAUUUAGCUUAGAAUACAAAAUGCAUGUUUGUUUUGUUUUUUUUCUUGCUAAUGAUAUUUUGUUCUCUUGAUUUGUUCAUGGGCUUUCAAUCUAGUUGAAAGCCCAUGAUUUGUUGUACUUCAAAACUCAACUAUUGUGACAUUUUUACACAAGUAGGGGUUGUAUAACUAUAAAUGGUGUAUGAAUAUAUUCCAUGUUAUAAAAAUAACAAAUUGCAACGUAGUGCAGCCUUUUCAUUUUCAAAGUGGCAAGUUAGGAAAAAAACUGCCUGCCAUUUUUCACAAUAUGUUUAUCUAAUUAUGUUUUCGCAUUAAAGGAUGAGUUCUUCCAAUUUGUUUUUGUUUAAUUGAAUGAUCUGCUAGUUGUAAUAAAAUCAUAAACAAUGAAAUGCC